AUGUCCAUCCUUGAGAAGAUGUCAACAGCAGAUUUGAUGGAGAAUCUGAGAGAAGAACUCACGUGCUUCAUCUGCCUGGACUAUUUCAGCAGCCCCGUGACCACUGAGUGUGGGCACAGCUUUUGUCUGAUGUGCCUUCUCAAGAACUGGGAGGAGCAUAACACACCAUUGUCUUGUCCUGAGUGCUGGAGGACCUUGGGGGGCCCUCAUUUCCAGCCCAAUGAGCGGCUAGGGAGGCUGGCUGGCAUUGGCAGGCAACUCAGAUCUCAGGUCCUGCAGAGUGAGGACGAUUCAUGCAGCUGUGGGAGGAUGGUGGCGGCCACCCGUGUGUUCUCUGAUGAUGAGCAGAGUGUCACAACAUUGUCAACUCAAAGCCAUGGAGCAAACAGAGUGCAUCUCUCCAGUGAGGCUGAGGACCAACACAAAGAAAAGCUUCAAGAAAUCCUAAAUCUUUUGCGCAAAAAGAAGAAGGAAGCUCAAGCUGUGCUGACGCAUGAGAGAGAGAGGAUGAUCCUGUGUAAGGAAGAGACGAAGACUUUUAAACAGGUGGUUGUGUCAGAAUAUAUGAAAAUGCACCAGUUCCUCAAGGAAGAGGAGCAGCUCCAGCUGCAGCUUCUAGACAAGGAGGAAAAGGAGAACUUGAUGAAACUGCGGGACAAUGAAAUCAAGCUGACCCAGCAAGUCCGACACCUAAGCAAAAUGAUUGGCCAGAUUGAGUCCAUGUAUCAGAACUCAAAUUUAGACUCUUUUGAGGAAGUCAGAGGAGCCCUGGAAAGGAGCGAGUCACGGCUGCUGCAGUGUCCAGAAGCCACCACCACACAACUGAGUCAGUGCCGUGUCACUGGGAUGAGGGAGAUGCUAAGAAAAUUCAGCACAGAGAUCACUCUGGAUCCAGCCACAGCCAAUGCCUACCUCGUUUUGUCUCCAGAUCUGAAAAGUGUGAGAUAUGGAGGAAGCAGACAGCAGUUACCUGACAACCCAGAACGAUUUGACCAGUCUGCAACUGUGCUGGGAGCUCAGAUAUUCACCAGCGGGAGACACUACUGGGAGGUGGAAGUGGGAAAUAAGACAGAGUGGGAAGUGGGCAUCUGCAAGGACUCGGUGAGCAGAAAGGGGAAUCUCCCCAAGCCCCCCGGAGACCUCUUCUCACUUAUUGGCUUAAAAAUUGGAGAGGAUUAUAGCUUGUGGGUCUCCUCCCCUCUGAGAGGUCAGCAUGUCCGAGAGCCUGUGCACAAGGUUGGUGUCUUCUUAGACUACGAAUGUGGACAUAUAGCAUUUUACAACGUGGCGGACAAGUCCCUCAUCUACAGUUUUCCUGCAGCCCCUUUCCAAGAUGCACUCAGGCCGAUCUUUUCUCCUUGCCUCCCAAAUGAAGGGACAAACACAAACCCUCUUACCAUCUGCUCACUGAGUAGCCAUCACUGAGGAGCU